UAAGGUCUGUGUUGCAAGUCUUCCCUCGGAAGAAGCCUCUCUCGUUCACCGCUUCCGUUUGCUGCCUAUAAGAGGCGGCCGUUUGGUCUCCAUCCGAUAAUCCAACAAUGGAGCCGGCCGAAUCUUCUCGCAGCAAAGAAGACUCCGACGUCUGGGCCAAACUAGUGCCCACUGAUUCCACGUAUCCCCCGAUAGAGAUAAGAUCGCGGGAGGCCGUCAUAUGUUCGGAGAUUACGAGCUCGUCGAUUGAGAAGCAUCCAUGGUGCGAGAUAAAGUGGAAUCCGGACAAAGAUUCGGCGAUGAUUAGAAACUUGAGUUCAAAUGUCAUCAUCAUUGAUGGGAAAGUUGUUGGAGAAGAAACAGUGAACAUUAUAAGUGGCAGUGAAAUCACUUCAGGACCUGAUAGAGAAGUAUUCUUGACCUAUAUUUUUGAGGCAAUGCCUUCUCACAGAAACAAUGAAAAAAUAAUAGAGAUAUCAUUAGAUGUCGAGCAUGCAAAAUGCAGCAUAUGCUUAAACAUAUGGCAUGAUGUUGUGACAGUUGCUCCUUGUCUCCACAACUUCUGUAAUGGGUGCUUCUCAGAAUGGUUAAGAAGGUCAUCUACCAAGUUCAACAAUAGAGCACAAAGUGUUGUAUGUCCACAAUGCAGAGCAGUUGUAUUUUCAGUUGGAAGAAAUCAUUUUUUGCAUAAUAUUGAAGAGGCUAUCUUGCAAACAUUUUCGUCUCUGAAGCGUUCCGAUGAAGAAAUUGCUUUAUUGAAUACUUAUGCUUCAAUUAAGUCUAAUAUUGUUGUGGGCAUGCACACAUCUAGAAAGAGGCCACACUCACUUUCUAAUGAUGACAGCAACGAAAUUGCGCUUCCAUGUCCUCAAUGUGGAAAUGAACUUGGUGGAUUUAGAUGCAACAGAACUACCACUCACUUGCACUGUCAAGGAUGUGGUGGAAUGAUGCCUUUUAGAUCUGAUUCUGUUGUACCACAAAAGUGCUUAGGAUGCGAUAGAGCAUUCUGUGGGGCUUACUGGGCUGCUCAAGGUGUAGAUGCAAGGGAAUUCAACAUGAUUUGCCAUCACGAAACAUUCAAACCUGUCUCAGAGCGUACAAUUUCAAGAAUUCCUGAGUUGGUUCACCAGAAUAAUCAAUUUGAAAGAGAUAUCACAGAAAGGUGUAUACAGCGAACAGGGAAGACACUGCAGGCUGUCAUCUCAGAUUGGAUCAUAAAGUUUGACAAUAAAGAACUUGAUAGAACAAACCUGCAAUUGAAUCAUGUGGAGAUGAUCACUCCCAUGACACACCUUUGCAAGUCAAGAAAUCUCAGUGGAGCCAGUGACCAUUGUAUCUGCUUUCAAGAUAGAAGCAUAGCUUAGUUGUGGAUAAUCCAUGCAUAUUAGACACAUAGAGAGAGUGUAUCAGAUUCUGAAUUCUGAAGUUCUGCCUAUCUUGAUAGAUUGUAUAUUGGUCACAAUCUUUCUGCAUGUACACAGAUCCUGCCAAUCAGGGAUUGAUGGUGUAGGGUACUUAAGAAUCUAACCUUUAGUACAAAUUUCAUUUGAAUUCUUGUCGGGUGGCGGGAAGAUUUAUCAUGCUUGAUUAUCUUUUACAAUGCAAUCAUACAAUAUCAUUUUUGUGUUUACUAAGAAUUGGCGAGUGUGAGUGGAUAAUUCUCUUUCCACUUGACAAAAGAGGAGCCGGAAGUGGGGAACUGUAUUGCCUGAAUCUUGAUCAAAGGAAUAUUAAGAGAGGUGAUUGGUGGUGAACAGUGGUCAGUAGAGGGAUUUGAAUAAAAGUCAAAAAAUGAAAGGCCCAGCUGCGUAACAUCAAAGCAUUUUUUAGUACUUGCAGACUUACACCACAUUGACACGGACUUAGCUGGUUUUGCCUAAGUCGUGCGGCACCCUUGCGUGUCCGUCCGCAAAGGUCAGCCUCCCCAAAGACUCUCAUUGUCCCUUAGGACCAACAAAAGAGAGAACAGGCAAAAGAGAACGCCUCAAUUGGGAUCCACAAGCAAACAUGUCCGAAAAAUACUUCAUAGACAAUGCAAAUUACAAACAGACUUUACAAGCUCUGAACAGUGGCACAACAAAGGGUAAAAUGGUCCAUUACAGACCGAAAAGCUCUCUCACGUGUCCACAUGACACAACCUUUAUUUACAAGCCUAAAGAGGCCACCAACCCAACUAAAAUGGGACUUAUAAGCCUUCGGCCGCCCCUUUACAUUCUGUACAGGGCAUGAACAUGCCAAAAGACACGGACACACAUAAGCAUUACAUCCAACGUCUUGUUGAGAAGUUUGUCCGUGACAUUCUCCCCCACUUAUCCCUUCGACGUCCUCGUCGAAGCCUUUGUGAACACUGCAACUCUUCGCCUUUGCUGAGUCUUCAAUCUUCUGCUCCAGCUGCAAUGCGCCUCCUGGCUCCCAACUGCUCUCCGCUGCUGUUUUUGAGUAGUCGAACCUUUGAUCCGCCAUGCUGCUUCAACUCACCAAUGACUCUGACUCUGGUGUGGGGUUGGCUGAGUUGUGUUGAUCCUCGUUGAUUCCUGCGGAUCCACCAAAUGAAGGAAAAGACCAUCCUUACUGCGCCAGUCUCUCAAAAUUUCCACAUGCUGCCUAAACUGGGUGGAUGCUUGUUGGAGCUUUAACGAGCAUCGCCUCGCAAACUUCUGAAGUUUUGGGUCCUUCCUCCUCAAAAUCUGCUCAUUGACUCUUCUUUC